AUGGAAGUGGAUCCACCAAAUACCGCACUAUCUCCGACCACUGUGGUACACCCAAGUCAUAUUCCGAAACUGAUAAAACGUAACGCUAUUGAAGAUAAGGAAAAAAUCACAGUCGCAGAUGGACAAGAAUAUCUUAAGAGACAAAGGGAAGAUGACUGGAUAGAAAAUCGUGUAGCAAGGAUUGAAGCUCAAAACGGGAAACUAGAAAAACUUCGAAGCGAUGUGAAGGUGGAGGAGGCGAAACUUGAAAAUCUUGAAAGAGAGUAUAAGUCGGAGGUAGCUCGAAUCAAAAAAAGACGGGAAUUGUAUGACAAAAAAGCUUCGAACCGCGUCGAAAGAAGACAAGCUGGAAAAAUAAUCAAGAAACAUAAACGCGAGCUAGAAAAGAAGCAGGAGAAGCUCCGCGAUGAAAUGGAAGAAUUACAUCUGGACAAAAUUUAA